AUGAAGCGAUAUCUACUUAUUAGAAAUGAACUAAAACGUAUGGAUUCCGGCAAGGAUCCUAGUGUUCUAGUUAUUUCUCAAUUAGUUACCAGUGAAAUCGAAGCCAUCUGGGAAAAAGCCUCAGUUCCCACUGUAUCAAGUAAUCGUAUUAUUCGAUUAAUUCGUGAUAUCCUGAGUAAUCUUUUAGUAGUAGGCUGCGACGGUACAGCAGUCAAAACUGGGAGGAAGAAUGGGGUUUUACGGUUUUUAGAGACAGAACUGAAACGUCCUCUGCAGUGGUCAAAUUGUCUAUUACACAUGAAUGAAUUGUUCCUCCGGCAUAUCUUUCAAUCUCUCGAUGGAGAAACUUUGGGACCUCGUAAAUACUCUGGCAAAAUGGGUAAACUAUUUGAGUCUUGCGAAAAUUUGGCAGUAAUCCAUUUUGUUCCUAUUCAUACCACUCUACCACAAUUCGAUGCUGCAGUUAUAAGGGACCUUAGCAGUGAUCAAAAGUACUUAUACGAAAUUUGUCCUUCGGUUUCUAGUGGAAAGUGCUGGAUAGAUUUAGCAACUCGUAAUCCGGGUAAAUUAUUACAUGCACGAUGGGUUACAAAAUCAAAUCAUAUAUUGCGUAUUUACGUCGGAAGUGAAAAUCUGUCUUUGGUUUUAAGAUCUUUGGCUGAAUUUGUGAGUAUAACAAUGCCCCACCAAUGGAUGGAAGGAAAUCUACCUGUUUCAGCCAAAUGUGCUGUUUGUGAUAAAAAUUGUGGUUCAGUUCUUAGGUUACAAGAUUGGCGAUGCCUGUGGUGUCGAAUGACUGUACACACACAAUGUAGGCCACAUAUCGAAACGUGGUGUCCCUUAGGUCCAGCACGGGUUAGCGUAGUGCCUCCCACUGCUCUGCAUUCUAUUCAGGAUGAAGCUUGGGAGGCUGUUAGACCCCAAGCUUCUUCCCCUCUUCUAGUAUUCGUUAAUUCUAAGUCAGGUGAUAACCAGGGUGUCAAAUUCCUUCGAAAGUUCAAACAGUUACUUAAUCCUGCGCAGGUGUUUGACCUCAUAUCUACGGGUCCGCGAUUGGGCCUUAAACUUUUUAGACACUUCGAUCCAUUCCGAAUUUUAGUUUGUAGUGGAGACGGCUCUGUAGGCUGGGUCCUUUCCGAGAUUGAUAAGUUAGAUAUGCAUCAGCUAAAUCUAGUGGUAUUUUGCAGGCGACCUAGAAAUAAAGCCAAGAAGCGUGUUCCUGCAGAUAUUUCAACAACUGCAACUAAACCAAAACCAGCGUUGAUGCCCAUCGAUCUCCCAUCAACUUCAACCGCUGGUGCUCACCAAUCUACUUCAAAUGAUGAGGUUGAUUUGCCUAGAAAUCCAUUUGGGGAAGAAGUUAUUAUUGAUCAGGUAACAAACACUAAAUCUCCUCCUGUUAAGAGAAGAAAAAGCGAUGUUUCUUCUUGGAAAAGCCAUAAACGUUCUAUCAGCGAUCAAAAAGGGGAAUCUUAUAAACAGUGCCAAGUAGCAGUAUUACCCCUAGGAACAGGCAACGACUUAGCCCGAGUGCUAGGCUGGGGUUCUUCUUGUGACGACGAUACGCACCUACCGCAGUUACUGGAAAAAUAUGAGAAAGCCAGUACAAAAAUGCUUGACAGGUGGAGCAUCAUGGCUUUUGAAAGAACAAUAGCAAUGCCUAAACUAUCCUUAACCCCUGGUAUACCCGAAGGUCAAUUACACAGCCAAAUUAGCCAGUACGAGGACUCACUGGUCACCCAUCUGCAGAAUAUUCUCCAAUCUGACGAAACUUCCGUUAUCUUGAAUUCCGCUAAACGUCUCUGUGAGACGGUUAAAGAUUUUGCUUCACAACUGCUGGAAAGUUCACUUACGCAAGGUGAUGACCAACUAGCCAAAAAGUGUGAUAUUUUACAACAAAAGCUAGAGUUAUUAUUAAAGACACUAACAAGCGAACAAAUAGACGCAACGAAUAUAACUCAAUCAUUCGACGAUUCACAAGGAACAAGUAGAGGAACUGAAGAUACCGACAGCGAAAUUUCUUACGACAAAAUAAAAACGGAUAAGGUCGAAAAAGACCUAAGUUUAUGGAACGUGAAAAAGACGCUUUAA